CGGAUUUUGACUAAUAUAUGCCUAGGUUAGGUAGGUAGGUAGGUACAAUAAAAACCCUAUCUGCGCUUUCGUCGUAUCUCGUAACGUCGUAAUGGCGAGGAUCGCGUCUAAUUCAUUGGGCUGGCUCCUGCUAGCCGCUCAAGGCGCGCUGGCAGGUUUGACGGUCGACGUUGAAAACACUGACUCUAUCAAAGCGGCAGCAGCUCUCGUAGCGGAGGACCUUAUGGGACUCUACGAUGGCGAUAAGCCGGGUAACAUUCCUGGUUUACUACCUGGGGUUGAUACCGGAGAUGUCAACUGGUGGACAGGAGGUGUUCUAUGGGACACUUUGCUGGGCUACAAAGGCCACUCCGGGGAGUCUAAGUACGACGAGUCCAUCUCGCGUGGCAUCCAAUGGCAGACUGGGUCAACCCCCGACUUCAUUCCUGCGAAUUGGUCAAUCUCAAUAGCCAAUUCGGACCAAGGCAUAUGGGCUCUGUCCGCUGUCGCUGCUAACGAAACUGGCCUAAAGUUAUUAGACGAAGACUCGCAGCAGUGGCUGACGCUGGCUAAGAAUGUCUUCGAUGAACUAAACAGCGAGGAUAGACGAGUUACGGAAGGUGGCUGCGCUGGCGCUCUGAGGUGGCAGAUAUACCCGCUGAACAAUGGUUAUAACUACGUUGACUCUUCUUCGAACAUCAUUUUCCUCAAUCUAGCAGCUCGACUGGCGCAUCUGACUGGCAACCAAACCUAUGCGGAUGCGGCCGCUUCAACUUAUGAUAUUCUCUCGCGUCUCGGUUUUAUCACCAAGGAUUUCAAUAUAUACGACGGCGCGCACACGGACGAAUGCGAAGACAUCAACAAGGUGCAAUUCUCGUGGAAUGCCGCGUAUCUGUUGGAGGGUUCCGCGUACAUGUAUAAUCUUACUGGAAAUGACACCUGGAAGGAGCGCGUAGACGGUCUCGUCGACCGAACUCUCAAAAUCUUCUUCCCGGAUGGCGUGGCAACCGAGAUCGCAUGCGAGAAGAAUAACAGAUGCAACUCAGACAUGCACUUCUUCAAAGGGAUCCUACACAGGGCGCUCGCGUCGGCCGCGAAGGUCGCGCCGCACACCGCCAGCAAGAUCCAUCCCAACCUCAAGUCGAGCGCCAAGGCGGCCGCUGCGGAGUGCACGGGAGGCGAGAACGGCCGCAUGUGUGGAUUCGCCUGGAACAAGAGGGAGUUUGACGGCACGACGGGAGCCGCGCAGCAGAUGAACGUGCUAAGCGCCUUGGUGAGCAUCCUCCCGGAUGAACAGGUCUCGGGAGGCAGCACCAAUGGUAGCACUAGCAAUGGUAAUGGAAAUGGAAGCGGAAGCGGAAGCGGAAACUCUAACGGGGGCAGCUCUGACAAUGUUACUCCGGGUAGCGCGGGAACCAAAUUAAGCGUAAGCGUUGCUCUUUGGGGAUCAUUGUUAUUGGGAAGCCUCCUAUUGUAGGAUACCAAGAUAAGGUACUCAUUGAGUAGGUGCCUAUCUUUAUCAUGUAUUUUUAAAUAAUAU